AUGUCAGCCGACAUUGAAAUUAUCCAUGUUGUGGGUGCCAAUGGCCAACCAUUACCCAUACAUGGUACCGGUUUGGGCUCAACAUGGUCGGCACCGGUCAAACAGGAACGUGCCGAUGAUGCCGAAAUACAAGAAUUGGCGGCCAAAAUGAAAGAGGCCCAAAAGGAUGCGCUGGCCAAGCAACAGCAGCAGGCCGCCCAAUUGGCCUCACGACAAGCCAUGGUCAAUGGCCAAAUGCAACCACCUGUCAAUGCCAAUGGUCAAACCAAUAUCCUCAACUACUUAAAUCGCCAACAAAAACCCGCCAAUGGUACAACAACAUCCGGAGCGGCGGCCGCAGCAACAAAUGGUCGUUCCUCCAGCACAGAUGACAACAAAAAGGCCCCCUGUGAUGAGGAAUCACAAAAGGGCCAUUUCGGUUGGACCACUUUUGGCAAGACAUUCAUACCCUACAUCUAUCGGCAAUCGGAAAAAUACUGUUCCGUGCGUAUGAUCGAAUUGAAGCUAUUGGGCAAAUAUUUGAAUUGUCUACAUCCCGACAUCUAUUCCAGUUGCACAUGUGUACGUUCCUAUUAUAUUACCGAGGCGGAGGCCCGCCUUUUCAUUGAAAUCAAUCACAAACAUUGUGAUGGUGAAUUUGGUCGUGAUAUGUUCACGCAAAAGGAUUUGGUGGUGCGGCUCUCCGAUGCCACAAAAUUCUAUCAAUUUUUGGAUAUUUGCUAUCGUAAACUGAUAUCGGGUAGUAAAUCACCCUCCGAAAAAUGUGGUUUUAUACGCAUCAACAAAGAGUCAGUGGUUCCCUAUACUGUACGAAAUGGUGAACAGGUGGUGCCGUUGUUCUAUUUUGAAGGUGAAACAGAAAAUCUAAGACAAAAAGCGGAUCUACUAUCCGGUUGGGAUUUGGCCUAUUUGAAAUUCUGUUGCAAGGUCCAGGGUAUACGCAAUGAAUUGUUUUCCAGUGAAAAUGUGGCAGUUAUUAGUUUGACGGAUAUCAAAAGCUACUUUCCCAAUGGCACAGAAUUUGAGGAUUAUUGGCCAAGUAAAGUUGUGGAUUCAAAUCUGUUGAUUGGUAAUAGAUCGAAUGCAAAUAAUUCGGUGAAUUGGACAAGGCAACCAUCACAGCCACCACCAAAGGUAUUGAGUCAACCCACAUUGCAACAAAAGCAACAGCAACAUUCCUCAGCUGCAGCAGCGGCGGCGGCCCAUCAUCAACAGGUUAUGAAGAGGGGGACAGCUGCCAAUGCAGCUGCAGCCGCCUAUAGUGCUCAAAAUAUUUUGCAACAACAGCCGAAUGCUGCUGCAGCUGCUGCUGCCCAACGUAUGCAUUCGAAUGCAUUAGCGGCACAAGCCACAGUACAGGCUUUAGCAAAUAGUCCUUGGAUGUCACAACAGCAACAAAACAGUCUACCUUUAAUACAUGCUCAAAUGUUAGCAUCACAGGCCCAACAAACACAUGCCGCAAAUUCCCGCAAUCAAUAUCGCAAUCCCAUGGAUAAUAUACUGCUAAACAAUCGCCAAGCCUAUGGGGCAUAUAAUAAUGCAGCAAUUUCAAUGCAACCGGUUAAUUCACAUGGUGGCCAAGGCAAUGCACCACCACCAUUGGUGCGUUCAGCGGGCGGUCAAAAUGCCAAUCAUAUGUCUAGUGUCGAGCAAACGUUGCUGCAACAACAACAACAAACACAACAAACGAGACCAUCCACUAAUAAUACAACACAACCAAGACAUAUAAACACCUCCCUUAACCCCAUUGUCCCAACACCACAACCCGCUACAUCACCUCUCGCCACUGCGGCAUCGACCAGUGCCAAAGUAGUCUCUUCAUUACUCUCAAGUAAUUUCAAUUUAGCCUCCUCGGCACCAUCCACCGUGCAAGAUUACAAUAAUUUAGCGUUGUGGAAUCAAUUGACACCCUCACAACGACUGCUGUUGACGCAACAAUUUAAAAAUUCCGGUGGUCUCUUGCCAACGGGCAGUAAAAGUCCAUUUCCACCGCUACCCUCACUGCCGCUAGAUACCGAUUUAAUAACCAUGUUGGAUUAUAAUCCAAAUAAAUCAUCUUCAUCCAAGGCAGCGGCGGCUUCAACGCCGGGACAGAGUAAUGGACAAUUUACCAAACCCCAUGUUCCUCCGUUAAUACCGGUAAAUGCCUUGGAGGCUCAGCGUAAAUCAAAUCGUUCCUCGACGGCGGGGGGUGGUGGUAAUACACCUUCACACCCCAGCAGUGGUGGUGGAGUGGGACCUGCUACAGUACCUCUUAACUCAUCAGCGGCCUUAGAGGAAUUCGAAAAGAAAUUCAAAAUGAAUGAUGAAAUGAGGGCUGUGGUCCAAAAGGUCUUAUCCAAUCCCGACUUAUCGACCUUCAUACAAACGAAUGCCUCAAAUACCUUUGUGCCUUUUAUAUCACCGCCCAUAUCGCCAGCGAAUGGUGGUAUCCAACUGCCGGGUACCUCGGUGUCAAUUGUGCCCAAUCCACAUGUUACCAUAACGCCACAACUGCCACCCCAUUUCCAACACAGUAGUAGUGCCCACUCGCCGUCGGCCAGUUCGGCCUCAUCGUCGUCGUCUUCCUCGGCCUCUACUCCGAAUAGUAAUCGGCAAAAGAGUGUUAUAUGUUCGACAACGACGGCGGCGGCUACUGUGUUGGGUGGUGGAGCCCAUUCACCCUCACCCGGACGUACGAAAUCAGCAUCUCUGACACCGACAAAUUACAAUUACCAACAACCACAACAACUUUCUUCCUCCUCUUCCUCUUCUACUACACCCACACCAAUGGAAGUAAUCGAUUUAUCUUCCCCUCGAAGGUCUCUGCAAGCUGCCUCAGCCUACUUGCAACAGCAGCAACAACAACAGCAGCAGCAACAACAGCAGGCGGCCGCAGUGGCAGCAGCCCAGCAGCAACAACAACAGAAUCAACAACAACAAAGACUGGCAGCAGCCGCUGCAGCCCAUCAUCAACAGAAUGGCCGGCAAUCCGCAAAUUCCUCAGCGGCUGCUGCCCAGCAACAGGCGGCCGCCAACUCGGCCAGUGUCCACUUGCAAAGGCAUGCGGCAAUGGCGGCGGCAGCAGCCGACAACUCGCAACGUUUGAACAUCAUACCGGAAAUACCUGCCAAUAAUCUCAAUGUCCAGCCGUACAAGGUGCAGAAGGUCUAUGUGGAGAGUACACUGGUGCCGUGUAUAAAUAUGAAGGCCUACAACGACUCGGAACAGCUGAUGACGUUAACCGAUUUCCAUAACUAUUUCUUUCCCACGGUGCCAUUGGAUCAGUGUAAACGUUUGAUUGAGGCUCUCGGUGUGGAGUUGUACAAAGGAAAUAGGCAUCAGGUCAAGGUAUUGAUGGAACAUGAUCGUUCCUAUAGUGAAAAUAUACCCUUGGUCCAGGUUCGAGAUAUUUUACGCUACAUGACCCAGAUAAUGUUCAUGAUAAGAAAUCAGGAUAAGCCACCGAAUAAAAGGGCUCGCAUAAGCUAGGAAUUGGGUUGGGGAGGACAACAUAUUACAUCAUCAUCGUCAUCAUCAACAACAGCAACAACU